CCCAACUUCAUUUCUUGUCUCUCAUGUCAUUUCCUUGAUUUAAAUCUCGCAUAAGUAUAUAAUUUUCUCGGAGUUCUGGAAUAAUGUCGGACUCUAAGACAACCGAACCAGUUGUUUCAAUCCCCCCAAUUGCAGUGGCACCAUCUUCCAUUUCGCCUAGCAAGCAUGUUUCCCCAGACAUUGAGCUUGUACCAGUCAAUGCAGUCCUACCAAUCCCAUCAGAAGACGAGAUUGAUUCGUCAAGAAGCAAAUUCCGCAUAACAGCUAUCAUGACAGCUCUCUACCUUUCUAUGUUCAUAACCGCUCUCGACCAAACCAUAGUCGCAACAGCUGUUCCAACUAUAACGCACGACCUGUCCAGCUCCUCAGGCUACGUCUGGAUCGGUGGGGCAUAUCUGCUCUCCAGUGCUGCAGCCGGUCCCAUAUGGGCGAAAAUCUCUGAUAUCUUUGGCCGGAAACUGGUAAUCUUGAUUGCGGAUGGUUUAUUCUUUGUGGCUAGUAUUGGGUGUGCAGAGGCGAAGAGUAUGAAGGGGUUGAUUGUUAGUAGGACGUUUCAGGGGUGCGCGGCAGGUGGAAUGAUUCCCAUGGUGAUUAUUACGAUUAGUGAUUUAUUUAGCGUGAGGAGCCGAAGUCUAUAUAUCGGCUUGAUGGAGCUCGUCUGGAUCGUCGCCGGCGGUAUCGGACCAAUCCUCGGCGGUGCUUUCACGGAGAAACUCACGUGGCGAUGGGCUUUCUGGAUCAAUCUGCCUCUCUCCGGUGCCGCAUUUAUCAUUCUAUUCUUCUAUCUCGACGUGCACAACCCUCGUACUCCACUCCUGGAGGGCUUCAAAGCAAUAGACUGGUUCGGUAGUCUCUCGAUCAUCGGACUGGUCCUGAUGUUACUUCUUGGCUUGGAAUUUGGUGGAUCCACUGUACCGUGGGAUUCGCCCAAGGUAAUUUGUCUGAUUGUGUUUGGUGCUUUGAUGAGUGGGGUAUUCGUAUAUUGCGAGAGAAAAUUGGCAAAGUAUCCGUUGAUGCCAAUGAGUUUGUUUACGAAUAAGUCGAACGUGGCGUGUUUGUUGCUGACGUUGUGGCAUGGCAUGGUCUACAUCGCAGCAGAAUAUUACCUGCCCUUGUAUUUCCAAUCUGUACACCUCUCCUCUCCCCUCGCCUCCGGAAUCCUCGUGAUGCCCAUCACCGUAACCGAAGCCAUCGCUGGCGUCCUAGUCGGCCUCAUUAUCCACCGCACCGGUACCUACCUCCCCCUCAUCUACGCCGGCGUUCUGUUAAUGACUCUGGGCAAUGGUUUGUACAUCCUCUACGCCGUCCACACACCCCUGGCCCAGAUCAUUGGUUUCCAGAUCAUCGCAGGUAUCGGCGCUGGUCUGCUUUUCCAAGCUCCUUUGAUAGCUUUGCAGGCUUGUUCUAAACAAGAGGAUGUUGCGACAGCCACCGCGACGUUUGGAUUUGUGCGGAGUCUCGCUACAGCUAUUUCAGUCGUCAUCGGCGGUGUGAUCUUCCAGAGUUCAAUGGAUAUCAAAGUUCCCAGUCUGAGCAAAGCACCGACCAAUCUCCCUCUGAACAUCACGGAUAUGCUAUCAAACGGAGGAGCAGGUGCUAAUGUGUAUCUUGUGAAGGGGCUGCAAAACGAAGUGCAGCAGUUGGCGGUCAGAGGAGCAUAUGCGUGGAGCAUGCGGAAUAUGUGGAUCUUCUAUACGGGGAUCUCAGGGUUGGCGGUACUAGCGAGUGGGUUUAUUAAGGGUCAUUAUUUGAGGAGUGAUCAUGUGGAGACGAAGACUGGGAUCAAAAAAGAGGAGGGUUUGUGAUGUUUUUCAUUUCUUGUUCAGGCUGCCAUGAGUGCCCUCGGACAGCCAGAAAGCCUUGCUGUGAAGAGUUUGGUUUCUUUUACAGUAUUUUGGACAAUCUCUUCAACAGAUUGUAUCCGAAGAGAAUAAGACAGAAUAGGUUCUCCAAUGAGCUUUUGACUUGAAGGUCGUAAGACAAGACUUUCAGUCCACAACUCCCUGCGGCCUCCAUGCCAGUGGAGACUGAGUACCACCUACUAUCAAGUGAUCUGAACUCGUACCGAUCCUCAUCCUGGACCACAAGCUCAGGACCAACACGACCCUUGGACGCAUCAACAUAGUAGACCUUCAUAUCAGGGAAUUUCUUGAACUUCUCCUUGUCAACUUUCUUCCCCCAAUAUGGACCAUUUCCUCCCUUCCCCAACUGGCUGUAUGCGUAUAAACGAAUAGAAACGAGUAACAGACACGUUAUUCGUUGAUAUGGUACCGUUUGAGAGACAUGGGCGGUUCAAGAGAGAGCCAAGGUCAGGCGAGGAGUUCUCUUGCCUCGUAACCACGGGCGGGCUCCUUGUCUGGGCUGUUCAUAUAGUGGCUGGGGAAGGUGUGUUUGGGAAAGUGGAGCAAGAUGAUUUGUCCGAGGCCAGUCAAGGCUUGCAGUAUGACAUCGUACGGCUCGGAGUCGACGCUAAUGAUUUCAUUGUAGAUUUUGUGCGGUAUCAUAACUCGCUUGAUCGAGGCAAGUGGGAUAGGGCUUCUGCGCUCGAGAUCUGCGAGAUACCCAAUGCCAUUGGUGAGGUAGAAGACAUCAUCGUCGUAACUAAUGUGCUGGCUUGCCAUGGAUGGUCUUGCUUCUUUCUUGAAAUUGACCACCUCCGGAGCUUCAACAUUUUCGGCGAUAUUGUUGAUUUUGGCUGCGAAUUUGACGGAAGCAAAGCACACCUCAUAUAAAACUUCCUUGAACUCCUUGCAGGUGAUCAUCAGAUCGAGAGCAGGAUGGGGGCGAUACGUGAUGGUCGGUGGGCCGUGUGCGUUUCUUAUUCCGGGACUGUCCAGUCUGUUCUCAACAGUAAUAAUCCGAUGUGGAAAGAGAGGGACUGCUCUCUUCCUAAAUAGAUAUCUUGGAUUACCAUUUAUUUUUGCUUCAUAGAAUCAAAGAGAGACACUGCCCAAAAGGCAUCCACUCAGCUCUAGGUUCUCGCAACUCUGGUAUCUUUGAAAACCCACCAAAUCAUUCUCCUCAACUCCAACGGCAACUUAGGAAACAACUUAAACUCCUUCUUAUAUUUCACCUCACCCGUCUUAGAGACCUCUCUACCCUUUUCUCCUCUGAUACCACAACGAAGGCGAAUCAGUUUAGCCAGAUCGCUGCCGGCCAGGGAGAGGCUUCGCUUGUUCAGCUCGAUGUCGACAUUACUGGCCUUCUCGAAUAAGAGCGCUAGCAGGGUCGGAGGCGCCAUUGUGAGUGUAGUCUGCUAUUCAAGGGAUGCAUAGUAGGUGGUGAUCGGAAUGAGUGGGGGAGUGUGAUGGCGGGUUGUACCUGGCGUAUGAUCAAACGUAUCGUAGAUCCGAGUGAACAUAGAAGCCUGUUUAUUGUUUUCUGCUUUUCGGUCCAGGGAAGUAACGCGAGAUGGCUCGGAGGAAAGUCGGAUAUGAGGCUACCAACCAGCUAUGCUCUUUCACGUAGUGGUGCUCGAGAAGAUUAUGCGGGUGAAUUGCAGUCUAAAGAGGUGAGGGCUGGUGGUGAAUAGAGUAGAUAUCUCUUUUCUAAAAAACGAACAUUGACAUCAAGUGAGAUGGUACACUGGAACAAAAAUUGCACGAACUCUAUCAAUACAUAUGCAGGUGGCGAGAGAGAUGAAAUUGAAAAGAAGUACAAUGUCCUUUCCAAGUCAAACAAGGAUUCGAUAUGUGCAUUAUAGACUUUUGCUUACUUGGUGAUACACUGUUGCCUGUGUUGCCAACGUUGAGGUGAGGAGCUCAAAUUUCCCUCCGCUAACAAACCUCUUCACCCCAUCCCCAAAACAAGGGUUCAUGUCCAUGAGUUUAGAAUCAUAUCACACUCCAAACUCCCCAGGUAUCUUGUACAAAUCGCUCAAUUCCAAAACCAUCCCGAUUUUCCAUUUUGAUUUACUUUCUCAAUCUCGUUCCCCCCCUUUUCUAACACUUUCGGGGAGGUCUCAACCUCGUCCGGCCUACUUUCUGUAGUAGCUGGAUCUUCACAGUGAUGCGUAGUAGUUGACGUCUCUCGCCCACUGUUGAAUUUCUUCCAGACUGUAACACAAGUUUCAACUGUCCCAUCUUCAUGUACAGUCUGUUCAGUUGUUGUACUCGAGGACACGACUCGGUCUGGAGACUCGGCAGUCCUGACAUCCUGUGUAGUCCUGUCGGACUGUUGGGCGUCAGAGGAGCUGUGCUGAGGUUCGGAGAGCUCUCGGAAUGCUUUCGUGACCUCGAAGAUUUCUCUCAUGAGCGAUGGAGGCCGGGGAAAACCACCAUCUUGCUCUCUUCUCCUCCCUGAGGGGUCGUCGUUCUCUAGCGAUGCUAGGAAAGCUUCGCCGGCCUGAAACACUUCCUUGAUAGCUUGCGGUGAUGAAGCCCAUUUCAGGAAAUGGUCAUACAUUUCCUGCUCAGUCCUUGGACUCUUCGUCGCUUCGAGGUCUUGAUCGGCGGCUCUCGUAUCUCGUGCUAGACCAGUAACAGAGGGCUUACCCGACGAAGUUUCAUCAUCAGUGUCAACCCACUCUUUGUCCUUCUGUGAUCCAUAUAGCAUUAUCGACAGCUGGUGAUCCAGUGCUUCAUGGUCAUCGUCGCUGAUGCACUUUUUCUCCUGAAGAUAACCAAGGGCUUUAAGCUUCGAGAUCCAGUGCAAGUUACCCUCGGGCGAAACUGCUGGUGUUGCAGGUAAUGUAGCCGCUAUAAACUGCCACGCGGAAAGCUUUUUUGGUGGUUGGCUCGUCGCGAUCAAAUCUUCGAAUGCAGCCCUCCAGCGAAAGUAUGAGCGGUGAAAAUCGUUCUCAAGCUUGAGGGGCGAGUAUGGUGAAAAGAGUAGGUAUGGCAGAAGCGAAUAUUCCGAGCGCAGGGAACUGGAGCUGUUGAGGUCAUUGUAUACCAAGCAGUGGGUCAUGGUCAUGCAAUCCCUGUCAAAGAAGGAGGAUCUUUGAUGAGGUAGGACUUUUAAAGGGUAGUAUUGGACUAGAAAGCCAUUCUCUCCCCAGGCUGGAGUUUUGUUGAGGUCGUUCCAGUCAGCUUCAUCAAAAUCUGGGAUUUGAAGAUGAGUGAAAAGAGACUUCCUGACGGCCGAGUAUAGCGGUAGAUCCUUUGUUGGCAUUUCGGAUUUGUUUUCCUGUUCUCCCAACGGCUGGUAUCCCUCGCCAAGUGCAUCUGUCCUGUCCAUGGUUCUGGUAAAUGGGUGCUCUUCGUCCGCUGUUUGGCGCUGCAGUUUCCUAGCUUCUGACUCCUUCAAUUCCUUCUGCCGAGCCUGCAGCUCAUCUCGCCUCCGCAGACCGUCGUCUAUGCCAGCCCAGCGCGGAUCGUCGGAGGGCCUUUUCGAGAAGGCAGACGGGAGGCCAAUAAUGCCUUGAAGGAGUGAGCUGAUUUGGGUAUCCGCAAAUUGUCUGAACUUGAUGAAUGGAUUGUCGGGGUUUGAUUGCUUGUCGUCUGGAUUCGUAUCUUUAUCUCGGUCUGCCGACGACGCCAUGCUCGACGCGGCUUUCUGCAAAGGAGUUUGUGGUGUGGUGUUGAUGUUGAUGUUGAUGUUAAUGUUUGCAGUGUGUGUUCUGGUGAGGUCCGG